GAGACACACACGAUUGCUCUAUUUAUUGGUAGAAUAUGUGUGUGUGUGUGACAGCAGGGCGGGGCUGAUAAUGAGCAUGCGCAGUAACCACACGCACACUCUCAGCAUCUUCUGACUGAUGACAAAGGAACCUCUGGGGAGACGUGCCGCGCGUGACCGCGUCCUCUGCGUUGUGCUGCUGCAGAGAAUAGACAGACAGGAGGAGUCAGACAGACAGGAGGAGUCAGACAGACAGGUCAGUCUCGGUGUGUAGGAGGAUGCGCGCGGCGGACAGCAGCAGCUCGCGGUGAGUCGGUACCGGGAGGCAGAGCAGCGCGCGCAGCGGAGAGAUGAGCAGCUCGUGGGGAACCGAACUGUGGGAUCAGUUCGAUAAUCUGGAAAAACACACCAGCUGGGGAAUCGACUUUCUGGAGAAAUACAGCAAGUUUGUUAAAGAGAGAGCUGAGAUCGAGCUAAGCUACGCUAAACAAAUCAGGAGUCUGUCCAAGAAGUAUCACCCCAAGAGAAGCAGAGGAGAUGAGAGCAGGUACACCUGGUGUUUGGCGUUCGCUGCGACUCUCCAUCAGUUGAAUGAAGUCGCAGUACAGAGAGAGGAACUUGCUGAAAACCUGAACUCACAGAUCGUCUGUGAUUUGACACGAUUCACUCACGAGCUGAAGACUGAGAGGAAAACACAUUUUCAAGAUGGCCGCCGUGCCCAGCAGCACAUUGAGAGCUCGUGGAAACAGUUGGAGUCUAGUAAACGUCGGUUUGAGCGUGACUGUAAAGAGGCUGAACGAGCUCAACAGGUCUCCGACAGAAUCGACCUCGACAACAAGACGGACGGAGAAAAGCGUUGUUCACUAAAGGCUCGUCACACGGCUCAACAGAAACAACAAGCAGCUGAAGAGUCCAGGAAAGACUACGUGACCAGUUUAAACCAGUUUAACCAGGACCAGCACCAGCACUACCACACACUGGUACCAGUCAUAUACCAGCGUAUCCAGGACAUGGAGGAGCGACGGAUCGAGAGAAUCUGUGAAUCGAUGCGUUCGUCAGCAGAAGCUGAAAGAAAAGUUCUUCCUGUGGUCAGUGGCUGUUUGGACGCCAUGAUGGAUGCCGCUGAGAGCAUCCAGCCCAGGAUGGACACCCGUCAAGUGGUGGAAGUGUACAAAUCAGGUUUUGACCCUCCAGGUGAUGUAGAGUUUGAAGAUUAUAGCGCCACCAUGAGGAGGAGCAUCUCUGAAUCCAGUUACCUUGACAACCGGACUGAGGGGCGGAGACAUGGCAGGAAGUUGUGGCCCUUCUUACGAAAAAACAAAUUGUUGACCCUCCUCUCCUCCCCGCAGCCCCCCCCUCCACCCCCAACCUCACCUUCACCUGGGGACGUGGUUAACUGUCCACAGUCUCCACCCCCUGCCUCAAGAGACCCAAUCACACAGCGACUGAAUGACCUCAUGACCUCUGGUUCCAGAACCAGGAAGCAGUGUCUGCGCAGCCUGAAGAGAGGGCUGUCUCUCAAACUGGGCUCAAGUCCUGCAGACUGUAGUCACCUUUCUCCUGAACAAAGAAGGAAAAAACUUCAGACCAAAAUCAACAACAUCAACGAAGAGAUUCAGAGAGAGAGAGAGCAGAGGACGGCUCUGAUGAAGAUGAAAACUGUGUAUGAACACACUCCUCAGGGUGACUCGUGCAGUUUAGAUUCUCGACUUGAGGAAGUGAAACAGAAUCUUCAAAGACUUGAUGACGAGCUGCGGAGGAACCAGGCGUGGUUGUCGGAGGUGGACAGCAGACUGUCUGAUCAGAGCAGUAGAAGACAGAGUGGAGGUUGUGGGUUAAAUUCCCAGGCGACAACGCCAGGCAGCAGCAGCUUGAAAAAGCUGGACAACCGCAGUCCAGCCAGCAGAGAGAGUCCUGACGGCAGUUACACUGAGGACCACAGUGCUGAGCUUCACUUUAAGUCUCGUAGUUCAGAGUUUGAUGAAGACUUUGAUGAUGAAGAACCGUUACCCAGCAUUGCCACUUGCAGGUCUCUGUACCCGUUUCAAGGUCAGAACGAAGGCACUCUUUCAAUGGUGGAGGGAGAACUACUCUCUGUGGUGGAGGAAGACAAAGGAGAUGGCUGGACCAGAGUACGGAGGAAUCUGGAGGAGGAGGGAUAUGUCCCUACCUCUUACAUCAAAGUCUUCCUGGACACCAGCGCCAAAGGCUUUGUGCAGAGUAGUCGUCUAGUCUAGCACAGUAAUCGACCAAUGAGGACAUCUCGCCACAGGAAGUGAUGUAAAGGAAAGAGCUCAGAGGAAGUGUGGUAACAGCUUUUCAUUGGACAGUGUAAUGCUUCAGAUAUCUCGACCAAUCAGCUCCCAGACGAUUGUCAACUCAUGCUGGUCAAAAAAAAAAAAAAAUUACAAUCAUAUAUUAGGCCCCAAUAAGUAAAGUAUUUCUGUGAUUAACCCAUUCACACACACAUUCAUACAGUGCAUCUAUCAGCAUGCAAAUGGGGAAAACUGGGAUCAAACCACAGACCAUCUGGUUAGAGGGCAACCGCUCUACCCCUCAGCCACACCCGCCCAUAUUAGACUGGUGUGAAGGUUUGAUCAUAUAUUAGACUGAUCCCAAACUCAGAUCAGACAUUAGACAAAUUAGUUUAAUAAAGAUGUUGAUUAUUUGUUGUGAUUAUUGAUCAGUCUGACUGUGACUAGGUUUUAAGUUUUAAUUUAUAAAAUCUGUCAAAAAUAUUUCACAUCAAAGUUAAAUUGAUUACUUAGUAAAUCAAUCAGUAUUGAUCAGUGAGCUAAUCAAUAACAAGAAACUGAUACAUUUCCUGACGACUUAAGAAAAUUACUAAAAUCCUAACUAUUUAUUUCUCAUGGUGAUUAAAUGUGUGAUUCAAACUUUUAUUUUUGAAAAGUUUCUAUGAUUUAUUCAUUUAUUUUUCAGAUUCACUGAUAAAUUGAUAUCAGGGGUUAAUGUUAGUGUUUAAAAUGUUUUAUUUAACUUCAACACGUUUUAUUUUUCAGAAUUAUAAUUUUAAAGGUUAUAAAUGAAUGGAUGAAAAUGAUUCUUCCUGUGGGAAAGAAAAAUAAGUGCAUUUGUGAUGUCACCCUAUGCUCCAGGUGUUACAUCACUGUGAUGUCACAGUAAAGCUCUGCUCUACAGACUGAUGUCACAUUACACUGUAAAAUCUGUGUAAUGUGACAUCAGUCUGUAAAAAACAUUUUAACACUUCCUGUAAACCUGCUGAUAUUAACCCAGCCCCUCAGAUUUAACAGCCUGUAUUAGCCCAGCCCACUGCUUUUUUGAUCAUGUUAAUUAAUUCUGUGAAAUGUAAAACUUUUAUUUUAAAGUGAGAUAUUGAUCAGUUAUUGAUUCUUUUUUGAUUGAGACACAAAAGCUUAUCUUUUCAACUUCCUGUAUUUUCGAUUUCAAAAUAAAGUUCCUUCUGAAUUGG